ACAACUUCAACAAUUGUCUCUUACAACAACUUCCCAAUGGCUGAGGUCAAGUCUAUCCAGCCCUUUGGCAUCGCCCGCUCUACUAUCAAGGGCACCCCGCUCUCCGAGGAGGAGAUUUCCCAGUACAAUGACUUCUUCAAGGCCAGUUGCUACCUGUCCCUGGGUAUGAUCUACCUGAAGGAGAACCCCCUCCUGCGAGAACCUCUCAAGCCUGAGCACCUCAAGCUUCGACUGCUCGGUCACUUUGGCUCUGCUCCCGGCCAGAUCUUCACAUGGAUGCACUUCAACCGUCUUAUCAAGAAGUACGAUCUUGACAGCAUCUUCAUCUCUGGCCCUGGCCACGGUGCCCCCGCUGUCCUCUCUCAGUCCUAUCUCGAGGGCGUCUACACCGAGGUGUACCCCGACAAGACCCUCGACACCGAGGGUCUCCAGAAGUUCUUCAAGAGCUUCUCCUUCCCCGGCGGCAUUGGCUCUCAUGCUACCCCCGAAACCCCAGGAUCCCUCCACGAGGGUGGCGAGCUGGGUUACUCAGUGUCCCACGCGUUCGGUGCUGUCUACGACAACCCCGACCUGAUUGCUCUUACCAUGGUCGGUGAUGGUGAGGCUGAGACUGGUCCCCUUGCCACUGCCUGGCACAGCAACAAGUUCCUCAACCCCAUUGUCGAUGGUGCUGUCCUCCCUGUCCUUCACCUUAACGGCUACAAGAUCAACAACCCCACUGUCCUUGCCCGAAUUUCUCACAAGGAGCUUGAGAACCUCUUCCUCGGCUACGGCUGGCAGCCAUACUUUGUCGAGGGUGACGAUAUCGAGUCCAUGCACCAGGCCAUGGCCACUACUCUCGAGCACUGUGUCAACGAGAUCAAGAAGUUCCAGAAGCAGGCCCGUGACAGCGGCGAGGCCUUCCGCCCCAUGUGGCCCAUGAUCGUCCUCCGAAGCCCCAAGGGCUGGACCGCCCCCCGCAAGGUUGACGAGAACUACCUCGAGGGUUACUGGCGUGCUCACCAGGUCCCCAUCACCGACCCCGCCACCAACCCUGCUCACCUCAAGCUUCUUGAGGACUGGAUGCGGAGCUACGAGCCCGAGCGUCUCUUUGACGAGGCUGGUGCUCCUAUUCCUGCUCUCCGCGCGCUCACCCCCGUGGGCAACCGACGAAUGAGCGCCAACCCGGUUGCCAACGGCGGUCUGCUCAGGAAGCCCCUGAGGAUGCCCGACUUCCGGGACUAUGCCAUCAAGGUCGACAGCCCCGGCAAUGUCAACAACGCAAGCAUGACCAACAUGGCCGUGUUCCUCAGGGACGUUAUCGCCCAGAACCAGAACAACUUCCGUCUGUUUGGCCCUGAUGAGACUGAGUCCAACAAGCUCGGAGGCGUCUACGCUGCCGGCAAGAAGGUCUGGAUGGGUGAGUACUUUGAGGAGGAUGAGAACGGCGGCAACCUGGCCAAGUCCGGCCGUGUCAUGGAGAUGCUCUCUGAGCACAACUGCGAGGGUUGGCUCGAGGGUUACAUCCUGAGUGGUCGCCACGGUCUGCUCAACAGCUACGAGCCUUUCAUCCAUGUCAUUGACUCCAUGGUCAACCAGCACUGCAAAUGGAUCGAGAAGUGUCUUGAGGUUGAGUGGCGCGCCAAGGUCGCCUCUCUUAACAUUCUCCUGACUGCCGUCGUCUGGCGUCAGGACCACAACGGUUUCACUCACCAAGAUCCUGGCUUCCUCGAUGUUGUUGCCAACAAGAGCCCCGAGGUUGUCCGCAUCUACCUGCCCCCUGAUGGAAACUGUCUGCUUUCCGUCAUGGACCACUGCCUGCGCUCCGUCAACUAUGUCAACGUUGUCGUCUCUGAUAAGCAGGAGCAUCUCCAGUAUCUGCCCAUGGACCAGGCCAUCGAGCACUGCACCAAGGGUAUUGGCAUCUGGCCUCAGUUCUCUACCGAUGCCGGCCACGAGCCCGACCUCGUCAUGGCUUCUUGCGGUGACAUCAGCACACACGAGUCCCUGGCCGCCAUCGACCUGCUGCUCGAGCACUUCCCCGAGCUCAAGAUCCGAUGCGUCAACGUCGUGGAUCUGUUCAAGCUGAUCCACCACACCGACCACCCCCACGGCCUGCCCGACGCGGAGUGGACCAGCCUCUUCACCGAUGACAAGCCUGUCAUCUUCAACUUCCACAGCUACCCCUGGAUGGUGCACCGUCUGACCUACAAGCGUCCCGGCAGCCUCAACCUGCACGUCCGCGGCUACAAGGAGAAGGGCAACAUCGACACCCCUCUCGAGCUGGCCAUCCGCAACCAGACCGACCGCUUCAGCUUGGCCAUCGAUGCCAUCGACCGCAUGCCCCAGCUGAAGAACCGCGGUGCUGCUGCCCGCCAGUCCCUCCUCAACGCCCAGAUCCAGGCCCGCAACGAGGCCUUCGAGACGGGCAUGGACCCCCCCUUCCUCAAGAACUGGACCUGGAAGCGCAACGGUCUGUGGAAGAAGAUUGGCGACGGCCUCGCCUCACGAUAG